AUGCGAAUCAAGGCCAGAGACUACAAGCUACAAAAAUCAAAAGCCGUUGGGAUAGCCGAUCAACACAAAGGAACACAGACCACAACGCAACAAAGAUUACAAACGGACCAGUUCUGUUGGCGCCGAGAUGGAGAUCACCACAAGCAGCAGCUACCCUUGAGUUUCCAUGAGAGGUUUGGUACCGUUAACAGCACUUUUGCAGCAGAUGAGUAUAACUUUGCCCGCUCGCGUAACGUUCAGAUAUUGUCCGUCGGGGUCAACCCAUGCAACAGCAGCGAGCCAUGUGUGCUCUUUAAGGGAGAAACUGCUUCUAUCAAUAUUACUUUUAAAGCAGAAAAAGAUAUCGUUGCUGGGGAUGCUGUCGUUCAAGGCAUAUACAAUAACCAGACUAUACCACUACCGUUUCCCGACAAAACUGUGUGUAGCCACCUGACACCACAGUGUCCAAUUAAAGAAGGCAAGACAUACAGUUUCAGCCACACGCAUCUGGUGAGCCAGGACUUCCAACUGGUUAGUCUUGAGAUUCGUUGGGAACUACUGGAUUCCGACAAAAUGCCAUUUGUUUGCGUCCAGUUCCCCGUGCAAAUCGAUCAAACCACAAUUGGUGAAGUAAUAACACGCUACUUCAACGUCGAAUCGCUUAUCAUCAAUAACCGCAUGUCACUUCACUUGUGGUUCUGUGUGCUUAUUCUGUACGCGGUAACGAAAGCAGACUCGCAAGAAUCGUGCGAGCCAACACAUCCAGAACUGUGGGUCAAUUGUCAUUUCGGCGAGUAUAGAUGGGCAUUGCUGGAAAACAGCCGACUAACCGAAAUCCCACUUGAACGGUUUUCAGCUGAAACCCUAGGAUAUUGUUUGAAAAUUUGCGAGAAAACUAGCCCUUGUAUGAUGGCCGAAUACGUUUACGAAGCCCGGCGUUGCCGACUCGGCGGGUUCCAAAGCCCGGUUUCCUCGUUCACGGACUACCCAAUGACUGACAUCUUCGUAUUGGAGCGUUGCCGACGGGUUCCAAAGCCCGGUUUCCUCGUUCACGGACUACCCAAUGACUGA